GAUUGCUAUAACUUAGGGCCAGACGGUUGUAUCCUGUACACAAAACAUACUAGCCAAAAGUGCAUCUUGUACAGUUUCGGAGCGAUCUGUUCUUUGUCUGGGACACAGUGUGAUGCUCUAAGAGCCCUUGUUGCUUCUUGAGAUUUUUGAUAGCUGCAUUAGAGCUUCUUUUUAACAUGCAGACUUUCAAUGCUGCAGAGGGGUUCGGGAAAGGACACAUAUAGCCAUCUGCAGAUAAGUAAAAGAGGCUUCAGAUAUCUCUUCUUUCAUAGUGCAGAAUCUCUUUCUUUCUGAGUUAAAAGAGCAAUCAGUGCUUUUGGGAUGAGCCGGACAACAGGAGUGCUGUGGGCUGGGCUCUGUUCUCUUCUGCUUUUCGUCAGCCUGUGCGAUGGCAGAAGGAGAGUCGCGCAGUAUGACCACGAGCACCAUAGACACAUGGCAUCGACACCCCGAAACGGACAUCCAUCGGGGAAAAUAAAAGUGAAAGCCCUUGUGGCUGUCAUGACUGGCUUUGGGAAGAAGUAUGCAGACAGGAGGGAACAUUCCCGGCAGACGUGGUUCCCUGCAACGCAACAAGAGCUUGACAGGCUAGAGGAAGAGACGGGGAUGCACCUGAGGUUUGCAGUGGGCGAGGUGCCCGAGGAGCACAAGGAGGAGAUUGCGCAUGAGGAAGCCACCUAUGGCAGCUUCCUGCACAUUCCCCUGCAGGAUCAUUAUGACACGCUGUCGUACAAGACCAUGGCGCUGUGGAAAGUGGUGGAGGAGCAAUAUGACGCGCAGUAUGUGCUCAAGGUGGACGAUGACAAUUAUGUGCGCCUGGAUCGCCUGGCUAUUGCCCUGGACCAGUGGACCGACAUGGGCGCAGAGUACAUCGGCUGCUUCAAGAUCCGCAACGUGGCGGACGAGCGGCAGGCAGACCCAAGCCACCGCUGGUACGAUCCGCACCACAUGAUAUUUCUGGGGGACGACAGCCGGUACGCGGAGGGGCCGUUCUACGCGCUGCGCGGUGGCAUCAUCCAGGGGGUCCUGCGCUCCGGCCUCAACCCCCGCCUGGGGGGCCCCGAAGACUCGAUGGUGGGCGCCAUGAUGAAGGGCUUCAACAUAAGCUUCUAUGACGAUCGGCGGCUGUGCCAUAUGGAGGGCUGCACAGAGAUGAUGAUCGCAUACAAGUGGGACCAUGCCGUGCGAGACUUCAUGGACGAGACCAAGCGCUUCCCCACUCUUUGCUGCCUGCCCAAGAACCGCUCCCUGCAGCUGCCGCCUGUGGACGAGUGCACCGACGCCAGCAAGUACCAUGAGGAGGGACUACGGUGCUUGCACACGCUGCACACAGACUCCGCAUGUGCGACUCCCACGCUUACUGAUUAUGGCGGCGGUGGCAUUUUGCCGCUAUUCUCAUACUACAACUACACUGUGGAUCACAAGUGGAUUGCUGAGAGGGCACCUGCAGAGAGCAGCUGGAAAUAUACACCCCACUUUCAGCGGCGCAAUGCUGCCGGCUAGCAUGCAUGAAAAAAAGGCUCCGAUCCUUCUAGAAAGUCCAAACUUCAUAAGAGAAAUCGCCAUCUGGAGGCGGCAAUGAAUGAGACAU